CGAAAAGAAAACAAGUAAUAGUCAAAAGACGAGCUUAUGGAUGGUAUUUAGUACAAUGCUUUUUACACGACAGUCACGAUGUCUUAAAAAGUCUUCCUCAGUGAGCUGCAUGUGAACCUCUUCUGCAUGAGUUUCUGACUGAACAAAGUGUUGCACUUCUGACAGAAUGAUGUCUAAGAUAUCAGGAUGGACAUCUCAUUAAAUAUCAUGAAUUCAUGUUAGUUUUUAAUAUCUGUAGAGCUAACAUAAACAUAAAGCUAACAUAAAAAUGAAGUGCUUUUAAGGCGAUUUACGUAUUUUUCGUUGGGCGUCUCUGGUGUUAUGCGGGCGCGUGACGUCAGUGCCGUAAAGCGCCAGCCGGUGUCGUAAAUCGGCGCAUGUGUGGCUGUUGUCAUGCCGUGCGCUCAAGUCAAAUGACAGAUUUUGGGUUAUUGAUAGUGUAAAUGUAUAAACCGGAGCUGCUGGAUAUCAUCUGUCAUCACAGAAACACAGCCGGCGGAAGCUGUGUGGUUACAGCGUUUAGAGUUCUGUCUCGCUUCUGGUCUGGUUCUGGUUUGGGUUCUGGUUCUGGUCUGGUUCGGGUUCUGGUUCGGGUCUGGUCGAGGAUGUUUGUGCUGGUGGAGAUGGUGGACACGGUCCGGAUUCCUCCGUGGAGUUUCCACCGACAGCUGAACGACGCGAUCUCCGAGGAGCUCAACAAGAAGCUCGCCAACAAGGUGGUGUAUAAUGUGGGCUUGUGUGUGUGUCUGUAUGACAUCACUAAACUGGAGGACUCCUACAUCUUUCCUGGAGAUGGAGCGUCCCACACUAAAGUGCAUUUUCGGUAUGUGGUUUUCCACCCGUUCCUGGACGAGAUUCUGGUGGGAAAGAUCAGAGGCUGCAGCGCUGAAGGUGUUCAUGUGAGCCUCGGAUUCUUCGAUGACAUCAUAAUCCCGCCAGAGUCGCUACAGCAGCCGGCUAAAUUCGAUGAGGCGGAGCAGGUGUGGAUGUGGGAGUACGAGACGGACGAGGGCGCUCACGACCUCUACAUGGACCAGGGCGAGGAGAUCCGCUUCCGGGUGGUGGACGAGGUCUUCAUCGACACGUCGCCCUCGGGUCCCAGCGCAGAGAAGGAAGGGCCGAGCACAGCCCUCACAGCGCCACCUGCAGGAGCGGAGGACAGCGCGCAGCAGAAAGAAGCUCCCUACACACUCAUCGGAUCUGUAAGUGAACCAGGUCUGGGUCUUCUGUCCUGGUGGAACAGUUAACAGUCUCAUCUGUGUUAUGAAGCAUGAAAAAUCAGCUGAAACUUCUCAUAAGACUAAUUUACACACAGAACUGAAGAGCUGUGGACCAAUCAGUGAGCAGCUGGUGCCGACCAAUAGGAGAUGCUUAAUAAAACAGCCUUUAUAACGAUUUAAAUGGGACUAUUGUGUUGUAUUGCUGUGUCCUAUGGAGUUUACUUUAUAGGUAAAUUCUAUAAAAUCUUUUAGCAAAUAAUCUUUUUCUGACACUGAAUGGAAUAUUUUCAUCUGAAACUGUAUAUGUUUUUUUUUUCUCCUGCUUUUGACAUUUUAAAAUGAAAU